CGCGCCGCGGUGACAGGGAGCCGGAGCCGGCGGGCGCGGAGAGGAAGGGCGGGCGGUGCGCGGGCGCUCUCCGCCGAGGUCCGCCAGCUGCUCCGGUGACAGGUCGCGGCCGCCGGGCGCAGCGCCGGGCACGCGCCGGGCAGAGCCGAGCGCCAGGCGGACGCCCCAGCAGAGACGCGGGGAAAAUGGCUGAUGACUUUGGUUUCUUCUCGGCUUCGGAGAGCGGGGCCCCCGAGGCGGCCGAGGAGGACCCGGCGGCCGCCUUCCUGGCCCAGCAGGAGAGUGAGAUCGCGGUCAUAGAGAACGACGAGGGCUUCGGGGCACCUGCGGGCGGCGCGGCGGCCCUCGCGCAGCCGGGACCCGCGAGUGGGGCUGGUCCUGAGGACAUGGGGACCACGAUCAAUGGAGAUGUGUUUCAGGAGGCUAACGGCCCCGCUGACGGCUAUGCUGCCAUUGCCCAGGUUGACAGGCUGACACAGGAACCCGAGAGCAUCCGCAAAUGGAGAGAGGAGCAGAGGAAACGGCUGCAAGAGCUGGAUGCUGCCUCCAAGGUGACAGAACAGGAGUGGCGGGAGAAGGCCAAGAAGGACCUGGAGGAGUGGAACCAGCGCCAGAGUGAACAAGUGGAAAAGAACAAGAUCAACAACCGGAUCGCUGACAAAGCAUUCUACCAGCAGCCAGAUGCUGAUAUCAUCGGCUACGUGGCAUCUGAGGAGGCUUUCGUGAAGGAAUCCAAGGAGGAAACCCCAGGCACAGAGUGGGAGAAAGUGGCCCAGCUGUGUGACUUCAACCCCAAGAGCAGCAAACAGUGCAAAGACGUGUCCCGCCUGCGUUCUGUGCUCAUGUCCCUGAAGCAGACACCGCUGUCCCGCUAGGUGCCUGCCACCAGCAUGGCCACAGGGCGUGGGCAGGGUCAGGGCAGAGGAGCAGCUGCUUCGGGCAGGAGGGUGAAAUGCCUCCGGCAGCUGCUCCACACAGCGUAUUCCCUUCCUCCCCAUCUCCCAGGGCUGGGAAGGGAACACUCGCCCCUCUCACCCUCGUUCCCUCUUGGCCCUAAGUCCCAGCCCCUCACACCGCCUCAAAAUUGUGACUGUCCCUCUGAUGUAUUUUUUUCUUGACUUAAAGGGUGUGUUGCUAA